UAUAGCACGAAACAGACAAGAGGCGAACGAAGUAAGUUCGGUGUGGAGAAGCAAAACAGAACACAGUUUAGUUUUCUUACAAAAAUUUGAGCGGAAACUGAAUUGUUCUACUUUUCCACUGAAGAACACGCCAUAGUUCAUGAUGCGUUAUAAGGUUCUGAAAUCGAACACAGAAACCCUUCCAAGGCCAAAACGCCGACGUCAACGACCAAAAUCAUGGCCUAUUACAUUCUCCCCUUUCGCUCGCUCUCUCGUUCUCGCUCGCAUGCAUUCUCUGCACGCGCCUAAGCGUCGCUCUCAAAACCCUAACCCCACUCUCCCUGCUAAGGAGCCCCAACCGGCACAGUCUUCUCACCAUCAUUUAAAUGGAGUUGUGCGAGAAGAUUUUUCCAAACCCGAACAUUCCGAGUCUUCCGACGAGGAUUCUGAUGGAGUUGUCCAAGCAGAUUUUUCAUUUUUCGAUCCAAAACCUGAUGAUUUUCAUGGAGUGAAGACCUUAUUGCAAAACUAUCUUGACAAUGAAGAAUGGGAUUUGAGUGCCUUUGUAGAGUUGAUUUUGGAGCAGAGCACUGUGGGGACUGUUGUUAAGAUAGAGGAUGAUGAGGAUGAAGGAAUCUUUGCUCUUGUUACUGCUCUUAAUCUGUAUAGAUACCGGGAGCAUAGAUGCAUGGUGACACUCAAGGAUUUUCUACUCCAUAAAGCUCACCAAGAGAAGGAUGUAGCUGACAAGUUGAGAUUGCUUUUGGUGGAGCAAGAACGCGAUGUAGCUAUCCUGGUAUCUCAGCGCAUGGUGAACCUUCCUCCCCAGCUUUUACCUCCACUUUAUGAUGCCCUUUUUGAUGAAGUGUUGUGGGCCACAGAAGAUGAGCCAACUGAGGAGCUCCGAAAUUCCUUCAAGUUUAAGCAUUAUAUAAUACUUAGCAAAGUUUACGUGCUCAAGAACGCAGAACAGAAAACAAAACGGGACAAUGACAAUGACAAUGAGGAGGGAAUAAUAUAUUUAAAGCUUGAGGAUGAAAUAUUUCAUAAGUUAAGCUCAUGGUCCUUCUACUUUCCAUGGCAAAGUCAGCAGCCUGCACCUCAUGAGCUUAAGAAUUACAAGUCCACGGGAUUAAUCAUGGCUGUUGAAGCAGACAAAAUUCCGAAAUUUCGUCAAGAAUUAGCUGCUGUAAUAAAUGAAACCUGAAGGCAUCCAGAAGCUUCCUGAAGAAUUAACUUUCCUGAACAUGCAUUUCAACUUAUAUAUGGCAAGGGUUUGAGCUGCCAAAUUUUGAAAGCUGCUUUUUAUUAAUUACCCUUUUGUUCUGGAAUGAUUGUCGUCUAGAUACUGAAGACAACUAACUUCCCCCAGCUGUUAUGCCAAGCGAACCAGCAAAAUAGUGUGUUCUACAUUGCAAUGACUAUGAAUACCAUUCUUCAUUCAAAAUUAGUACUAA